AGUGCUGUCCGUGGUGCUGAACUCUGGAUUCGGUGCUGUCCGCUCGAUGGUGCUGAACUCACUGAGGCGACCUAUUGAAGAUGUAACGCUCCUCUGUUCUCAUUCCUCUCCGCACUCAACUUAGUAGCGCUGUCUCUGACGACUCUUUUCUCUCUGCUCUGGCGGCGCGAGCAUCGCCAAUGUAGAUAAACUUACUUCGCACUGGGUAAACGUACUGAUUCGAAUCUAUUCUCGUUCAUUAACUUGACAUGAAAUUGUUUUCUCGGUGGAGGUGCCGAAGACCAAAUGGCGUUAUACUGUUUCACCUGCAGUAUUUGGGAGUUAAUAUAAAUGCCGCGGAUGACUAAAUGAUCACGAGAAGGAAGUCAUUUGUACAGAUGUUUUGGAUCUUUUUUCCUUCCUUUUUGCAUAUUCUGAAAUUCACUUAAUGAUCGGGGAAGGAUAACUGCGUUUCUGGAUAUAUUAUUUCUGAAGUGGGCAUGAUCAGCAUUCAUUUGUAAAUAUUAUAGACAUUCGGAUUAUCUUUUCUGUUGGAGUAAGCACAUUUCUGCACCAAUUCGAAUUGGAAUGAUUUUUCUGGUCUUAUCAUCUCGAAGGUGCACUUGCUCGCUUGAUUACGAUUCCAACAAAGUGGAACCAGACAUUUCAACGCGUAUCAUAUUUGCAGCAUGGAGACUUACAACUUAAGGGACCUGAGACACUCUCCUUGAAUGCGUCAGAUUGCCGCGGCAAAGGAUGGGCCCUUUUUUCCGGGCGAUUUGCAUCGUGCUGCUCGCCCUGACCGCCGCUGUCUCGCUGGCCUCUGUCGGCCAUGAGGACUAUCCCGCCACGGACGAGGCCGAGAGAACUGCCAACAAUGACAUCAUUUUCGAUGACUACCGAGGGAAAGGUUGCGUGGAUGACAGUGGUUUCGUGUACAAGCUCGGGGAACGCUUCUUCCCGGGCCACUCGAACUGCCCGUGCAUGUGCACGGAGGAUGGACCUGUCUGUGACCAACCCGUGUGCCCUAAAAUACACCCCAAGUGCACCAAGGUGGAACACAACGGGUGUUGUCCCGAAUGCAAGGAGGUCAAAAACUUUUGUGAAUACAAAGGGAAGACUUAUAAAAUCCUGGAGGAGUUCAAGCCUUCACCCUGUGAAUGGUGCCGCUGUGAGCCAAAUAACGAGGUGCAUUGUGUGGUCGCUGACUGUGCAGUACCGGAGUGCGUCAACCCAGUGUAUGAGCCAGAACAGUGCUGCCCCAUCUGUAAAAGCGGUCCAAAUUGCUUCGCUGGAACGACGAUCAUCCCAGCUGGCAUUGAAGUGAAGGUGGACGACUGCACCAUCUGUCGGUGCCACAGCGGGGACUGGUGGAAGCCUGCGCAGUGCUUGCGUCGGGAGUGUCUCAACGGCCAGACAUCAUCAUAGAAACCCUCCGGAGCUGAAGGGAGGGACACAAUGAGAUGUGUGGCACGACUGUCGGCGCAGGGCCCACCUUCUGACAGAGACGGACUAAUUGGCAGGAGCACAAUUCCUCUGGCAAACUGAGAUGGGCUGGACGUGCUGAGAUACAUGGGACAUACUGUACACUCAAACACAAACACGCAUAAAAGUCCUUGGCAGAAUCAUAACAAGUGUCUUUAACUGAGGCCACAUUUUUCUCCUGUGAUGAGUUCAUAGUUGGGUGAACUUCAUGAAAACAUUUCACUCCAAAAUCAAAAGAAU